AUGUCGACUCUCACACAGCCCAAGAUACCGCCAGUGGUAAUGGACACAAUCACCCAACAAAUUGGGAACACGCCCAUGGUCAAACUGAACAAGAUACCUCAUAGUCUUGGUAUAGAAGCUACCGUUUAUGCAAAGCUCGAGUACUUCAAUGCCGGAGGAAGCGUCAAAGACCGCAUCGCCUUGCGAAUGAUCGAGGAAGCAGAACGGAAAGGAAGAAUCAAACCUGGAGAUACGUUGAUAGAGCCAACGAGUGGUAAUACUGGCAUCGGUCUUGCUUUGGUCGCGGCAGUAAAGGGCUAUAAAACAAUCAUUACCCUUCCUGAGAAAAUGUCCCCGGAGAAAGUCGCCGUCCUUCGCUCCCUAAAUGCGACCAUCAUCCGCACCCCAACCCAAGCCGCCUUCGACUCGCCCGAAUCUCACAUCGGUGUCGCUCGAAGAUUACAGAAGGAGAUACCUAAUGCUCAUAUAUUAGAUCAGUACGGAAACCCUGACAACCCUUUAGCACACGAGUACGGGACCGCCGAAGAAGUGUGGGAACAAACAGACGGCAAGAUCACAGCUGUAGUGGCGGGAGCAGGAACAGGUGGUACAAUCACAGGACUGGCGAGAGGAUUACGGAAACACAAUAAGAAUGUGAAAAUAAUCGCCGCCGAUCCAUAUGGAUCGAUACUGGCAAUGCCCACUUCGCUGAACAACAUGCACGCAAAUGAGUCAUACAAGGUUGAGGGUAUAGGAUAUGACUUUGUGCCGGAUGUGCUGGAUCAGGGGACCGUUGAUCAUUGGUAUAAAACCGACGAUAGAGAAGCUUUUGCCUACGCGAGGAGGCUGAUUGCUGAAGAGGGACUCCUCGUGGGGGGCAGUAGUGGAAGUGCGAUUGCUGCUAUGGUGAAGAGUGUCAAAGAUUUGGGAUUAGGCAAGGAUGAUGUGGUGGUUGUUAUACUACCUGACAGCAUACGAAGCUACCUCAGCAAGUUCGUGGACGACGACUGGCUCGCAGCGAACGACCUCCUUCCUCCCACCCCACCACCAACAAACCCCCCAUCACCAGCCCUUCCAGCCCAACACCGUCGCUCCUCAAUGUCCGCCUCCAAAGACAAAUCUCCCUUCAAAGAUGCCACAAUCCGCACUCUCCGCCUUAAACCCGUCACCACAGUCCAAACCACCACUCCCUGCACAGAAGCCAUCGAAACAAUGCGCGAAAAAGGCUUCGACCAACUGCCUGUACUUGCAGCUUCUGGCAAGAAAAGACUAGUCGGUCUCGUAACACUGGGAAAUCUGCUCAGCUGGAUAAGUCAAGGCCGUGCGACGGGCAAGAGUCCUGUUAAAGAUGUCAUGUUCAAUUUCGCCAAGAUCAGCGAAGUCGUUACGGAUCCGAGAGAUAUUGGAAGGCUCGCCCCACCACCGCCGCCAUCAGGAAACGAAAGCCACAAGCAUACUCACACACAGUCGGCGUUGAAAACAAACGGGGAGGCAGAUGCUCAGAGUGUGCCUCAGAAACGGAAGUUUGUAGAGAUUACCCUGGAUACGCCGCUAGGGGCAUUGUCCAGAUUUUUUGAAUGGAAUAGCGCGGCUGUGGUGACAGAGAAAGAGGAUGGAGAAGAGGUAUGGAUGAAGCCAGUAGCGGUGGUGACUAAAGUUGAUCUACUGGGCUGGUUAGUCAAGCAAGGGAAGAUGGAUGGUACCAAUGGGUCUGCUUGA